UUUUAAUUAAUGUUGUACUGACAUAGCAGGUGUCAAACUCAGACGACAGACUGCAAAGUUCAUAAGCCUAUGUAGUUUUAUAGCGAGAUGAAUAAGGUGCUAGCUUUUAUUGUUAUCUGUGCGUGUGUGGGAGUGGAUUAUGUAUUGACAUACGCGGAGUACAGUGAUCCUUCUAAAGAAUUGCCUGUCAUUGGACUAGGAGAAAUUAAAUGUAAAUAUAGUGGGCUUGGAAGUCUGAGCAGCACACGAUCCGUAAGGCAAGUGAGAUCAGAGUCAUGCGCAGUGCCACCCACCGAAUGCCCUAGCUCCAAGUACAGAUCGUACGAUGGAAGCUGUAAUAACUUAGAUAAUCCAGGUUGGGGCAUGCCAGACACGCCUUACGCAAAACUUCUGCGAAUUAACUACGCUGACGGUAUAAGUAAACUGCCAGUAUCUAUCGAUGGCGAUGAUUUACCCAACGUUCGUGAAAUCAGUACAGCAGCUUUCCCGGACAAGCUUGUCGAGGAUCCCAAAUGGAAUUUAAACGCUCAGCAGUGGGGCCAAUUUGUCGCACACGAUAUGUCACUAACCGCAUCUGGGGUUUCAGCUGAUGACAAGCCAGCAGUAUGUUGUUCCAAUGGCCAAUUUGGCCCUGAUGCCACCACCAACCCCAUAUGUGCCCCAAUUAAAGUACCAGCGAAUGACUCGUUCCAUGCUCCUUAUGGAACCCAAUGCCUUAACUUCGUCAGAACUGGAUCUACAAGGGAUCGGAAGUGUACACCCGAAGACUCGGCAGCUAUUCCCGUGUCAGUAGUUACCGCUUACUUGGAUCUUUCGCUUGUGUAUGGUAACACUGAAAGUGAAAUUCAGAAACUUCGUUCCUUCCAAGGGGGGAAAAUGUUGACUGAUUUUAGGGGUGGGCAGGAAUGGCCUCCUCAAGAAGCCAGUCCUACAGAGGCAUGUGCUGGAGCAGAGUCUGAUAAUGAACCUUGCUAUAUGACCGGUGACAGUCGCAUGAACCAAAGUCCGCAUUUGGCCAUCCUCCACAUUCUCAUGUUACGGGAACACAACCGUUUAGCAGGUGAAUUGGCCGAAAUCAACCCAGGCUGGAGUGAUGAAAAGAUCUUCCAAGAAGCAAGAAGGAUAAAUAUUGCCCAAUACCAACAUCUUAACUAUUAUGAAUAUCUUCCCAUAUUCCUUGGCUACAACAAUAUGUUGAGAAACAGAUUGAUACACCCUGAUGCUGAAGGCUAUGUGAACGAUUACAACUCCAAUGUAGACGCAUCAGUCUCUGAUGAGCAUGCGACGGCAGCCUUCAGGCACUUCCACACGUUGAUCCGAGGAUACUUACAUUUGAUGAAAGAAGACAGAAAAUUAGCGGCGUACACCCGCUUGAGCGAUUGGUUUGACCGUCCCAUUAUGUUGGAAGUUUCGAAUUUCUUCGAUGAACUCACUAUGGGCUUCACUGCCCAACCACAAUCGGCGAGUGACCAGUUCUGGGAUAGCGAAACGAUAAAUUAUCUAUUCCGACACAGCAAGGCCGUAGGAACAGACCUUCGUGCUCUGGACAUCCAGCGUGGUCGUGACCAUGGGUUGGGCACUUACACAGAGGCUCGUGCUAUUUGUGGUCUCCCUGUUCCUAGAACCUUCGAUGAUAUGAAGGAAUACAUAUCAGAGGAAAAUGUGGAGGUUUUAGCCGUUCUUUACAAGGAUGUAAGGGAUAUCGAUCUCGUGGUAGGAGGUUCGCUCGAAAACAACGUUCCUGGUACAGAGGCUGGGCCGACAUAUCUAUGUCUGCUUACGGAACAGUUUUACAGGACUAGAGUGGGUGACAGGUACUUCUAUGAGAACGGGGACUCGGAAAUCGCUUUCACUCCAAGUCAACUCCAGUCUAUUCGGAAAGGAGCAUCAAUGGCCCGCAUUUUGUGUGACAACACAAACAUACAGAACAUGCAACAGCAAGCAUUCGAAUUAAUAAAUGAUGGAAACCCGCUAGUGCCUUGCAAUAGUCUUCCUGCAAUCGACUUAAAGUUAUGGAAAGAAGAAAGUUAAGUUAAACAAAUCGUCUAUUUGUAAAAUAUAGCGACAAUUAAAUCUGUUAGUAGGGUCAUACUUGUUACAAUUUGAAAUAUAUAUUCACUUAAAAUAUACAGUAUUAAUUUA